CCUUGUUCUUGUGGGUGGAGAUGUUGACACAAGAGACAUCUUGCAGGCAGAUGUUAUUAGUAAGCGUAGUAGCCAUUGCAGCGUUUAUGGACUUCGUAAAUUCAAAUGUUUAUGUAAUUCGGGUAUACUAACUACUGAGCUAGUGAUAAAACGUGUGCAUUUGGACAUUUUGGAGUUUUUUGGUGAGCUAGCAACGUGCGUUUGAGCCUUGUUAAAGGUACAUCGUGUUUCUGCACUAAUUUAUUUAAUUGUUGCUAUUGGCUGGAAGCCGUUUUAUUUUGAGCUCUUUUUUUUAUUUACAAAAUGUUUUUAUUUGAUUGUAAUAGCUAACCUCGACUGGGUUUGUGCCUGUUUUCUCUGCGUUUGUUGUGUUUAUAUGCCUUGCGCACAUGCAGUCAGCCUCAGCAAACCCAACUACUAUGGAGUAAGGUUAAAAUGGGACAACCCUUACUAGGAGCUGCUGAGCAGGUUUAAAGCUCUAUCUUCCAUAUUUGUUUUGUUUUGUUUUUUUUUUGCCUCGGAGAGCACCAGCCUCUUUUGUUUUCCACGUUGUGCUGAAGAACUCAGACGACAUGGGAGUCAACAGCAUCCACUGGUUUAGGAAGGGACUGCGACUCCACGACAACCCGGCUCUGCGGGACUCGAUCCGGGGAACGGGCACCUUGUACUGCAUCUACAUCCUGGACCCCUGGUUCGCUGGUUCCUCCAGUGUGGGCAUCAACAGAUGGAGGUUUUUGCUGCACUGUUUGGAGGAUUUGGAUGCAAGCCUGCGUAAACUCAACUCUCGCUUGUUUGUCAUCAGAGGCCAGCCCACAGAUGUCUUCCCUCGUCUUUUUAGGGACUGGAAGAUCACGCGGUUAUCCUAUGAGUACGAUCCAGAGCCAUUUGGAAAGGAACGCGAUGCUGCCAUCCAGAAAUUAGCCAGCGAGGCCGGUGUGGAGGUCAAUGUGCGGAUCUCACACACCCUGUAUAAUCUGGAAAAGAUUAUAGAGCUCAAUGGUGGUCAGCCUCCACUUACAUACAAGCGCUUCCAGGCUGUAAUUAACCGAAUGGAUGCUGUGGAGCUGCCUGCAGAGACAAUCACAUCGGAAAUAAUGAAAAACUGCAUCCCUCUUGUUACUGAUGAUCAUGAUGAUAAGUUUGGCGUGCCAUCCCUGGAGGAGCUCGGUUUUGAGACCGAGGGUCUCAGCACAGCAGUUUGGCCAGGCGGAGAAACCGAAGCACUCCGGAGGUUAGAACGGCAUCUGGAGAGGAAGGCUUGGGUGGCAAACUUUGAGCGACCACGAAUGAACUCCAACUCCCUGCUGGCCACACCCACAGGCCUCAGCCCUUAUCUGCGCUUUGGGUGUCUAUCCUGUCGGCUCUUUUACUUCAAACUCACUGAUCUUUACAAAAAGGUGAAGAAGAACAGCACGCCGCCUCUUUCCCUUUAUGGGCAGCUGUUGUGGAGGGAAUUCUUCUACACAACGGCCACCAACAACCCCUGCUUUGACAAGAUGGAGGGAAACCCCGUGUGUCUUCAGAUCCCCUGGGACAGAAACCCGGAGGCACUGGCCAAGUGGGCAGAGGGACGAACGGGUUACCCAUGGAUUGACGCCAUAAUGACCCAGCUGAGGCAGGAGGGGUGGAUUCAUCAUUUGGCCAGGCAUGCUGUGGCCUGUUUCCUCACGCGGGGAGACCUCUGGAUCAGCUGGGAAGAAGGCAUGAAAGUCUUUGAAGAGCUGUUACUCGACGCAGACUGGAGUGUAAAUGCCGGCAGCUGGAUGUGGCUUUCUUGCAGUUCCUUUUUCCAGCAGUUUUUCCACUGCUACUGUCCCACGGGGUUCGGUCGACGCACAGACCCCAGCGGCGACUACAUACGUCGUUAUUUGCCCGUAUUGAGGGGUUUUCCUGCCAAAUACAUCUAUGAUCCGUGGAAUGCCCCAGAGGAAGUGCAGAAGGCCGCCAAGUGUAUCAUAGGAACCGACUACCCCAAACCCAUGGUGAAUCACGCCGAGGCCAGCCGAAUCAAUUUAGAGAGGAUGAAGCAGAUUUACCAGCAGCUUUCCAGCUACAAAGGACUGGGGCUGCUUGCAACUGUACCAGUAAAUGGAGGAGUCAACACUGUGUCUUCUCAAGGUCCAAGAGGGUCCUUUGAAAGGCCCCUGUUGCAGGAGGGAACGUCUCAAACAGCUCCUGUGUCAUGUUUGAAAGUAGAAAGGAGACCGUCCACGCAGAAGCGACGUCACGAAGAGACGGAAACGGAAUGCAGCUUCAAAUCCUGGAAGCAGAGCAAAUAGUUUGGGAAAGGCUGGACAUCAAGGAUCCAUCAAAUGUUUUUGUUCCCAAUGUCCUCAGGUUGCAACAACUUGGUUCUGCCUAAUGAAGAUGGAGAAGAGAGUUAAUCUGCUGCUACUAUUCAGUUUUUACGGACUUCGGUUUACCCCUUUAAAUAGGAACUUGUAAAUACCAAGUGAACCCGGAUUUGCUUGCCACUGAGAUAUUACGUUAAGGUGUGUUGCUCACAGGGUGGGACCUGCUCUACCUCACAGGUACAAAGUGAUAAAACUGCAAUAUAGAAAUGUAAAUUGUAUGAUUUUUUUUUUUUUUUAUGUGACAUGAAGUAGCCUGUUGUCUUCCACUGCAGUGUGAACUGUACACACGAUGAACCUUCUAAGCAAGUUGCUUUCCUCACUGACAUCAUUUAAUAUUUUGACAGCAGAGUGAAUUAUCCUCUUUUAUAAAUAUAGAUAAAUCACCCAUUGUCUCAGCAAAACAGUGAAAAAUAUUGAGUUUUCAUUCAACAUGUGUAGAGAUUUAUUUUCUAACCUUACAGAGAUCUGAUGUACAGUAGACAAGUAGAAGCCCGAUAGUGACGUUAAUCAUUGUGUAAAUAUCUGCAGUUGAUUUUCUGUUUUUGUAUAUUUUGUUAUUUAGUUUAAAAAAUCCGUCUGUGAAUAGUAUUACCAAAAUGUAAAGGUUUUAAUAUAAAUAUAUGUUCUUUUGUCACCUCUGUGAUCGUAAAUGUGUUUUGUAUAAACAACGACCAUGUUCUGAAUGUUUCGGCCUGGCAUUAAAAGACUGAAAAUGAA